AGGAGUGCUAAAAUCAACAUUGUUUUGACAUUUCGCUAUUUUUCUGGAAAAGUUUCUUCCUCAUUUUCUUUUUCUGAAAUACUAUCAUCAGGAGAAUGCCCGAGAAGACAAGACAUGCCGCAGACUCGCGGAGGGAUGAUGGAGUUGAGUUGGAAACCCAGCUGAUUCUCCGGAUCCCCGAGGAACCAGCUAAAGCUCUCAAGGAAGCAAUCCAGCAAGGAGCCAAUAAUCUCAAGGAUCGCCUAAAUAUUCGCCUUGAGAAUGACAUUCGUUACGGGGAGGUGCGCUUCGACAAUUGGUACAUGUAUGCCAAGGUGGUGGACUUGCCAACAAUUAUUGAAUCCCUCAAGACAAUUGACAACAAGAGCUUCUACAAGACGGCUGAUAUAUGCCAGAUGAUGAUAUGCAAAUUUGAACCGGAACUCCCAACUCCAGUUGAGGAGGAAUCACCUAAUAAGAACAAAAAGAAGGAUCCAAAUAAGGUGGAUAAGAAGUUUCUCUGGCCACACGGGAUAACGCCUCCUUGCAAGAAUAUUCGCAAGAGGCGAUUCCGCAAAACGCUCAAAAAGAAGUACGUUGAGGCCCCGGAGAUUGAGAAGGAGGUGAAGAGACUUCUGCGUGUGGAUAAUGAUGCUGUGAGUGUAAAGUGGGAAAUUAUCAAUGAGGAGGAAGAAAGGAAACCCGGGGAGAAGGCGUCUGGAAGUAAGGCAGGAGGCAGAGAGGGUAAAUUGAAAGCCGGGCAGAAGAGUGUUCGUGAUGCCGAAGGGAUUAGUGGCUCACAGAGUCUGGAUGUUGGGGAGCACGAUAUCUUUGGGGGUGAAGUCUCCUCGUCUGAGGAUGAAGAAACAAAUAUCAAUGUGCUGGAUUUGGAUGAGAAUAGCCGUCUCUCAGCUGAUGAUAGUCGUCUUUCAGACUCAAAUUCCAUGCAUUUGGAUCAAGAAUUGAGUCGUGGGGAAUUCACCAGCCCACGCAAGGCGUCCGGGAAUGGGGGAAUCGAUCAAGCUGGCCCAUCUGGAACGUCUGGGCAUCGCCGUGAUUUUUACGAUGAUCGGCACGAUUCUGAUAAUGAUGGGGACUACCGGGAUAACAGUCAUGCCCGGAUUAGUGAGUUACGUCAGCAGUUGGAUGAGUUGCGUUUGCAGCGUAUGCAGAAAGAGCAGGAAAUUGCUUCAAUUGAGAAUCAAACCCUUCGUCAGCGUAUGCAGGAUACCCUCGACAGUAUUCUGCGGCAAAUUCAAAACAAGGAGAUGGAAUUGCAGGAUCUCGAGGGGAUUGGAAUGCCCUGAGCGACCUCCAGAAAUAUAGAUAUAUGCUUAUAAAUGAGAAACCUUUCAUUUUUUUGAAAUAAAUCACAGAACUUCAA